CACAAUAGAGAGCUAUAUAUAUAUAUAUAUAUAGAUAUACGCACAGCAUCGUCAUCAUCAGCAAAAGCAAGAGUCAAAGGCGUUGCCUUUGCCCCUCUCUCUCGCUCUUCGGGCGUCUGGGCGUUGAUUUCUGUCAUAAAGACUUUGAAAGAUUUCAGCUUGUUUCCGUGCAACGCUGUAAGAUCCAACGGGGCAUCAGUGGGUUUAUUUGGGAGUCGUAUGUUAUGUUUGGAGCUUUGGGUAAGGACUAAAUAGGUUGCAGUGUUGUUUACUGCAACCGAUAAAUUUCCCUAUUUCAGUUGGGAGCAGUAUUCAAGGCUUAAGUUGAUACUCCAGAUCUACAUUUGCUGCUAUACUAGUAAGUAUUGCCAUAUGUGGCAGAUGUUGAAGAUUGGAACUUGAAGGUUUGUGAUCUAGCACUUCUGCAAGAUAGGUAUUGUGGUUUGUGCUGCAUUUGCCAUCUGAGAUCAGUUACUUUGCUGUGACGCCAUAUAUUGCCCAGGCUUCAACCCCUCAUGGUCAGACAUAAAAGGUGAAGUAGAAUGGAGAGUGGUUUGUGUUGUAGAUAGCGACAGUCGUGUUGGGGGCAUUAUGCUGGUGACUGUAGGGAAUAAUGCAACGAUAUUCUGCUACCAGCUGUGCAGCUGGCGGAGUUAAUAAUAGUACAAUUAAUGGGACGUCUGCAAGGGAUGCUGCCAGGGUGGAGUCAUCAUUUUCAACUCCUAAUUUCCCCAGGAGGACAUCACUACUAACACCUUACAAGCUAAAGUGCGAGAAAGAACCACUUAGUUCCCGCCUUGGACCACCUGACUUCUACCCGCAAACUCCUAACUGUCCUGAAGAGACAUUAACUAGGGAAUAUCUACAGUCAGGAUACAAGGAAACUGUUGAAGGAAUCGAGGAAGCGAGAGAGAUAGUGUUGACUCAUGUUGCAGCGUUUGUGAAACCAGAAUUCAUUUUAAAAUGCAAGGAGGCGAUACGAAAACGUCUCAGGGCUAUUAUAGAAUCUCGAGCGCAAAAACGGAAGGCUGGCCAAGUUUAUGGAGUUUCUCUUUCUGGUUCAUUAUUAACAAAAUCUGGAGUUUUUCCAGAUCAAAAGGCAUGCAGUGAAGACUUCCGCAAGAAAUGGAUUGAGGGUCUAGCACAACAGCAUAAACAGCUACGUUCUUUGGCUGAGAAUAUUCCUCAUGGUUAUAGGAAGAAAACACUCUUUGAGGUUCUUAUUCGUCACAAUGUGCCGUUAGUCAAAGCAACCUGGUUCAUCAAAGUUAAUUAUCUCAAUCAGGUUCGGCCUGCUGUGACCAGUGUUUCAUCUGGGCCUGAUAAAGCACAAUCUGCUCGUUCUGAGCUGUGGACUAAGGAUGUUAUUGAAUAUGUGCAGCAGCUUGUGGAUGAUUUUUUUUCAAAAGAUGGUGCUUUUGCAGCUAUACCCUCUAGAGAUCAGUCUUCACCUAAUAUGUUGGCUGGUGUACCGCAACAUGGAAGUGAUUCUAUAUCUUCAACUCUUGAUGUUGAUGAGCCAUCCUUGCAGUUCAAAUGGUCAUAUAUGGUGCGCCUUUUGCAAUGGCAUUUUGCAGAAGGCCUGCUUGUUUCAUCACUUGUUGUUGAGUGGGUUCUCAACCAACUUCAGGAAAGGGAAUCAGCUGAGGCUUUAGAGCUGCUAUUGCCAAUUAUUUAUGUUCUUGUAGAGAGGAUUGCACUCUCACAGACUUAUGCACGCAUAUUUAUUGAUAUACUUGUUCGAGCGAUAAAUGUUCUAUGUCCUGGUGGUUCAGGUUUAACUGAUAACUCCAGCAAGCCUUCUCUCCUUGUUACACUAAUUGAGAUGCUGCGGUGGUUUAUACUUGCUAUCCCUGAUACAUUUGUUGCCUUGGAUUGUUUUCCUCUGCCAAGCUGUGUGGCCCCUGAUUUAUUUGUUAGAAGUAACUCUCUGAAGGUAGAGAAUGUGGAUUUUGGUAAUAUGGCUUCUGAUCAUCGAUACUGGUCCUUUGGAUCUGUUGUUUCCUCAAUUCAGAAACGGUCUGCAAAUCUGGCGAAGAUAGUUAAUCCUGGACUCCAAGGUUAUGGUGUGCCCAAAGCUUUACAGGCAUUGGAUAAAGCUCUGACAGUAGAGGGUGAUCUGAGGACUGCUUACAAUUCCCUCUUUGGAGAUUUCUCUGAUAUGACUAUUGAAGAAGCAUGGAUUGCUGAAGUAAGUCCUUGUUUGCGCUCUUCACUGAAGUGGAUUGGCAGUGUCAGCUUGCCCCUGAUUUGCUCUGUGUUUUUUCUAUGUGAGUGGGCAACAUGUGAUUAUAGGGAUUGCCGUACUGCCUUGCCUACAACUCCAAAGUUCACUGGUGGAAAAGACUUCUGUCAAGUUUAUGCUGCUGUUUCUCUUUUGAAGCUAAAAAUGGAACAUCUACAUAGCUCAUCUCAAUUUGAUAGCAGUUCUCAAAUUGUUGUUGGCAACAUUGGAAAAGCUGCUUCCCUUCACGAUAGUUUGUCAGGCGGAACCAUUGUAGAAAAUGUUACUGGGAUUGAAAAUUCCUCUAAAGGCUUGAGCAAUAAAAAGCACAAAGUGGAUUUAUUUCAAAGUCCAGGUCCACUGCAUGAUGUUAUUGUAUGCUGGUUAGACCAGCAUGUAGCUGGGAAAGGUGAAGGUCUUAAAUGUCUUAUGGUUUUUGUCAUGGAACUUGUUCGCUAUGGUAUUUUUUAUCCCCAGGCUUAUGUGAGACAACUAAUAAUUAGUGGGAUUAUGGAUAGAGAUGAGUCUCAGUUCGAUUUGGAAAGACAGAAAAGACACUAUCAAAUUCUGAAGCAGCUGCCUGGUUCCUGCUUGUUUGAUGUUAUGGAAGAAGCAAGAAUCACAAAAGUCCCACUGCUAAAGGAGGCAGUGAAUGUUUACUCAAAUGAGCGACGACUUGUGCUUCAAGGUUAUCUUGGAGGUAAAUCCUCCCAGUCAAAAGCUGGAAGUGGCAUCCGGUUGGGGUUUUCUUCACAGAAACAAAAAGAUCAUUCUGUUGCUUUUAGAGAUGGUGCUUCACCCUCUUUGUUGGAAAGUCAUAGAAACUUCAAUGUAGCUUUGAGUGCAAUGACAGCGAAUAAUGAGAAAUCAAAGGUGAAGAUUGCUGAGCUGAAGGUUGCCAUUUCAAGUCUGCUCCACAUCCCAGGCCCUUGUUCUCUAUCUACAGAAUCACGAUUUGAUGAAUCUCAACGAAGCAAUAAGAGAAGUUUAGGUUCAUUGAGUGGCAAAUCUGAUGUGAUAGAUGUGACACCAGGCUGUGAGGAGUGUAGGAGAGCAAAGAGGCAAAAAUUAGAUGAUGAGAGGAGCUCUCCCUUUCAAGGGUUUUCUUCAAACUGGUUAGAUGAUGAAGAUAUUUGGUGGACUAGGAAGGGCCCCAAGCCCCAGGAGUCAUUUAAGGUUGAACCUCCUCUGAAGUCAUCUAAACCUGGUUCAAGAGGCAGGCGCAAAACUCAGAGUCUAGCGCAGUUGCAAGCUAAUAGAAUUGAAAGUAGCCAUGGAGCAUCGACCAGCCAUGUAUGUGACAAUAAGGUGAGCUGCCCCCAUCAUAAAUCUGCUUUGGCAGGAGAAAACCCUAAUGAUGCAGACCGGAUGAAAAUGGUGUCUCUAUCUGAUAUUAGCAGAACUUUAAAACAACUAAGAAUGCUUGAAAAGAGGUCGAUUUCAGUUUGGUUGGUAACCACGAUCAGACAAUUAGUUGAAGGGAAUGAAAAGACUGCUUCCAAGGCUGGCCAUUAUGCUUCUUCAUUUUCCACCUCAUUCGAGGACAGAAACAUUGUACGAUGGAGACUUACUGAAGACGAGCUCUCUACCAUUUUGUACUUGCUGGAUAUUUCCUUGGACUUAACUGCAGCUGCAAAGCUUCUUGUUUGGUUAUUUCCCAAGGUUUUUGGUGGACCAAGUUCUACUGCUCACAUUGGGAGGAAUGCAAUGAUGCCAACCAAAAAUAAGGAAAACACUAUCUGUGAUGUAGGGGAGGCAUUCUUGCUAUCAUCUCUUCAAAGGUAUGAAAAUGUGCUUGUAUCGUCAGAUCUUCUCCCUGAAGUCCUAACUGCUGCCAUGCAUCGAGUUGUGACUGUGCUGCCCACUAAUGGAAGGUCUCAUGGCACAGCUUCUCUUACUUAUGCUCGGAAUCUAUUGAAGAAAUAUCGUGAUAUAGGGAGUGAAUGGGAAAAGAACUUCAGAACUACAUGUGAUCAGAGAACGCUUGCGGAACUUGAUGCUAUACGACAAGCGGAUUCUAAUAUGGGAUUUUCCCCCGGUGUACCUGGAGGAAUGGAUGAUUCUGAUGAUAAUUUGCGUCAAAAGUUUAGUGGGAGGAUGUCAAGAUUUAGUGGAAUUAUGAAAGAAUUGGUACAAAGACGCAUUGAGGAGGCUGUGCAAUACUUCUAUGGAAAGGAAAGAAAACCUUUUGCUGCUGCUGCUGUUAAAAAUUCCUCAGAAAAAAUGGAUGAAGGACAUCAUAUAGCUCAAGAAAUUUUUUUUGGUCUAUGUGAUUGUAUUUGUCAGAAUGGCAGUGCAUCUCAAGAAUGGGACCCCACUGGAGUUGCUGCUGCUGUUUCUGCAAUUGUUGGCAAUGUAGGGCAUGCUGUAGCAAAAAUAUUGGAUUUACUUGCAGGCAAUAACUAUCAAUUGUUUUCUUCGACAUCAAGUUCAAUAAAUUGCGCCCGACACAUAUUACGGAUUCACAUACUUUCUCUCUGUCUCCUUAAAGAAUCUCUUGGAGAACGUUUGGGUCGCAUAUUUGAUGUAACUUUAGCCAAUGAAGCUUCUUCAGCUGUUUCUAACGCCUUUUCUCCUGGAAAGCCUUCUCGCAGUCAGUUUCAACCAUCUCCUGAAAACCAUGAUGGCAAUCUAAAUCAUCCAAAUGAGAACUUAAAUAAUUCUUCAAAAACAUUUGUUGGAAGGGCCGGUAAAGCUGCGGCUUCUGUAUCUGCACUUGUUGUGGGGGCUAUUGUGCAUGGAGUUGCUAGCCUUGAAAGGAUGGUUUCUGUUUUCAAAUUAAAGGAUGGUUUGGAUGUUCAGAUGUUCAUUAGGAGUUCAAGAUCCAGUUCUAAUGGCAUGUCCAGAUCUUUUGGGACAUUCAAGAUUGAUCACUGUAUUGAGGUAUCUGUUCAUUGGUUCCGGGUGCUUAUUGGCAACUGCAGAACAGUGUUUGAUGGACUAGUUGCAGAGAUUCUUGGUGAACCAUACACAUCAGCUCUUUCACGGAUGCAGCGCAUGCUUCCUCUUAGUAUGGUGUUCCCUCCUGCAUAUUCUAUAUUUGCAAUGGUCAUUUGGAGGCCAUACAUUCUCAACAGCAACAUUGCAACGCGUGAAGAUAUUCAAUUAUAUCAACACUUAUCCAUGGCCAUUGGAGAUGCUAUCAAACACCAGCCAUUCCGAGAUCUAUGCUUGCGGAACACGCGAAUGUUGUAUGACCUUUUAGCCUCUGACAUUGGUGAUUUUGAAUUUGCAUCGAUGCUUGAAACACACAGUCCAGACAAGCAUUUGAAAACAAUGGCAUUUAUUCCCCUUCGGGCAAGAUUGAUUCUAAAUGCCCUAAUCGAUUGCAAAAUGCCGCCGUUUACAUUAAUGAAGGAGGAUGGGUCAUGGGUUUCUGUCCCCGGUGAGCCACGAGCAUAUUCUGAAAAUGAGACAAAGCUUCUAGAUCAGCUUGAGCAAGUUUUAGAUACACUGCAACCUGCCAAAUUCCAUUGGCAGUGGGUUGAGUUGAGGCUCCUCUUGAAUGAGCAGGCUCUUAUUGAAAAAAUUGAUACUCAUAACAUGCAGUUGGUUGAGGCAAUUAAAUCUCUCUCUCCCAAGGCUGAGAACUUUUCACUUUCCGAGAAUGAGCGCAAUUUUAUUGAAAUUGUUCUGACAAGGUUACUUGUGAGACCCGAUGCAGCAUCACUUUACUCAGAAGUCGUUAAUCUUCUUGGGAAGUCAUUAGAGGAGUUCCUGCUACAGAAUACAAAAUGGGUUUUAGCUGGCAGUGAUGUUCUCCUGGGACGAAAAUCCAUUCGGCAGCGACUUGCUACUCUUGCUCAGCUCAGAGGCUUUACAAGUAAAGCUCAGUUUUGGAAACCAUGGGGUUGGUCAUCCCCCAAUGCAAAUGGACCAAUUGACAAAACUGAUAAAAGGAAGAUGGAAGUUACUUCCAUUGAAGAAGGGGAAGUUGUUGAUGAAGGUGUUGAAGUCAAAAGGCCUGGCAGAAUGAGCUUUCAAUUGUUUGAUGCCGAAGGCUUCUCUCCUGGCCAGCAGUAUAUCACUGAUAGAGCUCUUGCAGAAUUGGUGCUACCCUGUAUUGACCGGAGUUCCAGUGAUUCACGGAAUUCAUUUGCUACAGAACUAAUCAAACAAUUGAGUACCAUUGAGCAACAAAUCAAUAUGCUCACCCGUGGUGGUGGUAAACAAUCUGGCUCUGCUUCUUCUGCUGUUGAAGUUUCUUCUAGUAAAGGCAGCAGUCGUAAAGGCUUGAGAGGCGGAAGUCCUGGGUUGGGUAGAAGAAUUACAGGUGUAACAGAGUCCUCCCCACCCUCCGCUGCGGCAUUGAGGGCAUCCAUGUGGUUGCGAUUGCAAUUUCUUUUGCGGUUGCUUCCUAUCAUAUGUGCGGACAGGGAGCAAUCUGCGAGGAACAUGAGACAUACACUUGCUGCUGUCAUACUUCGUCUUCUUGGAACCCGUGUUGUUCAAGAAGAUGCCGAUGCCUGUCAUUUAAUUACACAUAAAACUCCGAGAAGAGAGGAAGAAUAUCUUGUAAAUGCACCGAUCACUGCCUCAUUGGACCGUUCCGGUGAUAGCCUGUUUGACAGGUUUCUGUGCGUCCUCCAUUGUUUACUUGGCAACUUCAAACCGAGUUGGCUGAAAGCCAAGCCCAUCUCCAAGUCAACCCUCAAAUCUCGAGAUUUUUCUGCUGUUGAUCGAGAGGUGUCGGAAAAAUUGCAGGUCGAACUAGACCGGAUGGAAUUACCUGCAGCAAUUCGAAGACGGAUCCAAGCUGCAAUGCCUGAGCUACCACCCUCUCCACCAUUAACCAUCUCUUGCCACCCUCCUCUCUUAACAUCAACAGCACUUGCGUCGCUGCAACCAGGCAUGUCAACGCCAAGUCAACAUGCAGGAAAUCAAAGAACUUCCGUUCCAUCGGCUCGGCCAACGACUACAAUGCAAGGAAAAUCCCGGUCAUCGACUGCCCAGGACCUUGACAUGGAAAUUGAUCCAUGGACCUUGCUGGAAGACGGGACGGGAACCGCAUCAGCCUCGAACAAUAGCAGCAAUGUAGGUGGCCCCGGUGCCGAUCACUCUAACCUCAAGGCCUGCAGUUGGCUCAAGGGUGCUGUAAGGGUGAGAAGAACCGAUCUCACAUACAUCGGAGCCAUGGACGAUGACAGCUGACCUACUUUUCUUUUCUCCUCUUUUUUGUACCAUUGUUUUGGCAAUGGAAGAAGGCGGUGAUCACGCGACCGAGGUGCCAUUUUUUGGAAGAAUCCGCUCACUGUCGGUGGAGCGGAUUAACUCAAGUUCGUAAAAUCCCCGACCGCUGCUGCCAAUGCCAAUUCCCGCUGUAUAUAAGGGAUAUAUUUAUUUUUCGUCCAUUAUGAUGUUGAUUAUAAUGUCCUUCCCAUGAAUGAUUUGUAGCUGUUUUAAAAAAAAAAACACCAAUCCUGUCCAACUUGCCAUUUUGAAGAUGAAUCCACUGCAUUUGCAUGAACAAAGAAAAGACUUAGAAAAUUUUGGUCAGGAUUUGUUGUGGUUGCUGCAGUUGCUGUUCAGUUGUAACACUUAUUCAGUAUUAUCUUUAUUUCUAAUGUUAAUUGUGAUCUUUGUGACA